AGUUUCUUGGUUAUUUUUGAACUAGAGAAAGUGGGGUUAUGUGAUUUUUCAUUUUGUUUGGUAAAUAUGAAGCUUUUAGUAAGAGUUAUUGAAGCAAGAAACAUACCAGCAAUGGACCCAAAUGGUUUUAGUGAUCCAUAUGUGAAGUUGUCAUUAGGAAAACAGAAGUUUAGAAGUAAAGUUGUGAAGAAAAAUUUAAAUCCAUCAUGGUGUGAGGAAUUUGCCUUUAAAGUAGAUGACUUGAAGGAGGAGCUUAUUAUUUCUGUUUUGGAUGAAGAUAAAUACUUCAAUGAUGAUUUUGUUGGCCAAAUUAAGUUUCCAGUAUCUCAGGUUUUUGAAUCCAAUGAUAAGUCCCUUGGCACUGCUUGGUAUACUUUGCAGCCUAAGCAUAAGAAGGGCAAAAACAAAGAUUGUGGUCAAAUUCUUCUCACAAUAUGUUUCUCACAAGGCAAUACAUUGGCGGACUUGCAAUCCGUUGGUGAUCAUGGUUCGAAGAAGUUGCCCGAUGUGGCAUUAACUGAAUCUCCUUCUUUGUCUUCCAAUGGCACCGUGAGAUCAUCUUCUCCUUCAAGAUCCGAAGAAGCAGCCGAAAAGCCUCAUGCACAGACCUUUGCUGGUCGACUUGCUCAAAUUUUCAACAAAAACGGGGAAAAUGCAGUAUCCACAACUAACCCGAAAGCUCCAGAUAUAACAGCAACGACCGAAAGUGCAAGUACGGCUGCUUCCGAGAAUGCACAAGAGGAACAACAGUCCACAUCGGGAAACUUUCAAGAAUUAUUGAAAACCAUGGAGGUGAAAGAACAAGGAAGUACCGAAGUUUCGAACCUUCCCGGGGUAGUAGUGGAUCAAUUGUAUGCUAUUGCCCCUCAUGAAUUGAAUUCGUACCUUUUUUCGCCGGAUUCAACCUUCUUUAAAUCCUUGGCAGAUAUUCAGGGAUCCACAGAGUUGAAAGUCGGGCCUUGGAAACUUGAAAAUGAGAGUAUAAAAAGGGUGGUUACUUUUAUCAAAGCUGCAAGUAGAUUGGUCAAGGCUUUAAAAACUACAGAGGACCAAACGUAUCUUAAAGCCGACGGUAAGUGUUUCGCUGUUUUAGCUGUUGUGAGUACCCCGGAUGCUCCGUAUGGAAGCACUUUCAGGACAGAAGUACUUUACAAUAUUACCCCUGGGCCGGAACUGCCUUCGGGAGAACAGUCUUCAAGGUUAGUAGUAUCAUGGAGGAUGAAUUUCUUGCAAAGCACUAUGAUGAAAGGUAUGAUAGAAAACGGUGCACGGCAAGGUAUUAAGGAGAGCUUUGAGCAGUAUGCGAAUUUAUUAUCCCAGAAUGUAAAGCCAGUCGACGCGAAGGACAUAGGUACGGAGAAAGAACAAGUUUUGGCAUCUCUAGAAGUGGAGAAACAGUCCGAUUGGAAGCUGGCUGUCCAGUACUUUGCUAAUUUUACUGUAAUUUCGACCUUUUUCAUUGGGUUGUAUGUAUUGGUGCACAUCUUGUUGGCCAUGCCUAGCACAAUACAAGGGCUUGAGUUUGUUGGCCUUGACUUACCGGAUUCUAUUGGUGAAUUAAUUGUGUGUGGAGUGCUAGUACUUCAAGGAAAACGGGUGCUGGAGCUGAUAUCACGCUUCAUGCGGGCUAGAGUGCAAAAAGGAAGUGACCAUGGAAUCAAAGCACAAGGGGAUGGUUGGCUGUUGACCGUUGCCUUAAUUGAAGGAAACAAUUUGGCAGCUGUUGACUCAAGUGGGUUCUCUGACCCGUAUGUGGUGUUUACAUGCAACGGGAAAACUAGAACCAGUUCAAUCAAGUUCCAAAAGUCUAAUCCCAAAUGGAAUGAAAUAUUUGAAUUUGAUGCAAUGGACGACCCACCAUCUGUUCUGGACGUAGAAGUGUUUGAUUUCGAUGGACCUUUUAGUGAGGCUACAUCUCUUGGGCAUGCUGAAAUCAAUUUUGUCAAAACUAAUAUAUCAGAUCUGUCUGAUGUUUGGGUUCCUCUUCAAGGGAAGUUGGCUCAGGCAUGCCAGUCCAAACUGCAUUUAAGAGUUUUCUUGAAUAAUACAAAGGGUAGCAAUGUUGUCAAAGACUAUCUGUCUAAGAUGGAGAAGGAAGUGGGGAAGAAGAUAAAACUACGAUCUCCUCAGACUAAUUCAGCAUUCCAAAAGCUCUUUGGGCUUCCACCAGAGGAAUUUCUCAUCAAUGAUUUUGCCUGUCACUUGAAACGCAAGAUGCCCCUCCAGGGCCGUCUAUUUUUGUCUGCAAGAAUAAUUGGGUUCCAUUCUGAUCUAUUUGGACAUAAGACCAAAUUUUUCCUUCUUUGGGAAGAUAUUGAAGACAUUCAAGUUGAAUCUCCUACUUUGGCAUCAAUGGGUAGCCCAAAUGUUAUCAUGACUUUAAAGCCAGGUAAAGGUUUUGAUGCAAGGCAUGGUGCCAAGACUCAAGACCAGGAAGGCAGGCUGAAGUUUCAUUUCCACUCUUUUGUCUCUUUUAAUGUGGCUCACAGGACUAUCAUGGCAUUGUGGAAGGCAAGAGCUUUGAGUCCCGAGCAGAAGGUGCAGAUAGUUGAAGAAGAAUCCGAAGCUAAAAGCCUUCAAAUGGCAGAAGAGGAUUCGAUAGGCAACGACUUCCAAGCUGCAGAUGAUGACUCUGAAGGCAAAAGCCUUCAAUCGGAAGAGAGCGGAUCAUUCGUUGGCGUGGAGGAUAUACAUAUGUCUAUCGUUUACUCCUCUGUACUUUCAGUUCCAACAGAAUUUUUCAUGGAAUUAUUCAGUGGGAAUGAACUUGAUCGUAAGGUCAUGGAAAGAGUCGGUUGUCUUAAUUAUUCUUAUAGUCCCUGGGAAGAAUCUGAGAAGCCUGAUGUGCAUCAGAGGCAACUUUAUUAUAAAUUUGAUAAGUGUAUAUCCCGUUAUCGAGGUGAGGUAACAAGCACGCAGCAGAGAUCUCGCCUUUCUGAUAAAAACGGCUGGCUCAUAGAAGAGGUCAUGACUCUUCAUGGAGUUCCAUUGGGUGAUUAUUUCAAUCUUCACCUGAGAUACCAGGUUGAGAAUGUCCCCUCAAGAUCGGGAAGAUGCAACGUCCAAGUACAACUGGGAAUUGGUUGGUUGAAGUACUCGAGACAUCAGAAAAGGAUCACAAAAAACAUAGUUUCUAAUCUGCAAGAGCGCCUACUAGUCAUGUGCAGCGGAGUUGAGAAGGAAUAUCUCUCAAAAUCUGAUCCCGUCGUGAUCUAGAGGGUUCAUUGGCUUUUGCAAACAUUUAUUUGAAGGAUUAAUCAUCCAAAUCUCCAUCGGAGCAAAGUUUGUGUAUAGUUCUUGAGUCACUAAGAAGUGAACGGAAGAAGCAAAAAUGUGUAAAACUUGCACUAUGGAGCUCAGUUUAUGGUUGAAGAUAUCAAGAAUGCUCGGUCAAGACAGCGUCUCCCAGUCGCAACAUACGGAUACGUGUUUAAACUUUUUGUAUGAUAGCGACCCCAACUAGUUUGGGAUUGAGGUGCAAUUGUUGUACAACAUCUUACAUUCAAGUAGAUGCACAACCCUCUUUUUUUUUUUUUUUUUUUUUUUUUUUUGUGACAUGAAAUAACUUUCAUUACUUCAAUCUAUAGGAUGAAGAGAAAUUUUUUGGUAUGUACAUAAUAUCCUCUAUUUUAGGAUUUGAUUAGUUCUUUGGAAGUCCAAUGUAUUUUAUUAUUUGGCCAAGUGAACAGUGAAAACCAUUCAUGAUAACUGUUGAGGUUUUUGUGGAAUUAGUAUUUUCUUAA